UGUUGGCUGCGGGAAGUAAAGAUACUCAGAUAGGCGCUAUCGGAGGGCUCUAUGUAAGUUCUCCAGUGGGGACAGCAGGCGUGUGAUGGGAGAUGGGAACACAGGGACGAGAAACGGCUCUGUACGAAAUGUCAGCGGUUCGUGCACGUCCACUACCCCACUUUCUUUUCCCAUAACGAAAUUGCAUUCCCAUUACUUGGUUUUAACUUCGGAAAUGUCACAACCAGUUUUGGGAGGUCGUUCAUCAGCGAAGUGCCCAGCUCACGGCUUUCCAAAGGAGCGGUGCGGAGCAAAUUGUCUCCUGGGACUGGAGGAGGCUUGCCCAGACAGCCCCCGGCAGGGGAUGUGGUGGGAUAUGCUAAUAAAGACCGGCCGCUGCGGACCAGCCUCCCUUUACAUGUAUAUAUAAGGGCCCCCCGCAUUAGCCAAAAGACACUUCAUCUCAGGUCGUUAAUUACUGAGGAAAUUGCCCCAGCGCGCUGCAGAGCUACCCGCCCAGAGCUGGUGACUGCCGCUCCGCACUGACGCCUCCGCUUCAGGGAUGGAGGUGAUGGACAGCUGCCAGUUCUCCCCUUCCGAGCUCUUCUAUGACAGUUCCUGCCUCUCCUCCCCGGAGGGCGAGUUCCCCGAGGAUUUCGAGCCCAGGGACCUGCCUGCCUUCGGCUCCCACGAGCCCCCCGAGCCCGCCUGCUCCGAGGAAGAGGAGCAUGUCCGAGCUCCCACCGGCCACCACCAGGCCGGCCACUGCCUCAUGUGGGCUUGCAAAGCCUGUAAGAGGAAAUCCACCACAAUGGACCGGCGGAAGGCGGCCACCAUGAGGGAGAGGAGGAGGCUGAAGAAAGUGAACCAGGCUUUUGAGACCCUGAAGAGGUGCACCACCGCCAACCCCAACCAAAGACUCCCCAAAGUAGAAAUCCUGAGAAACGCCAUCAGAUAUAUCGAGAGCCUCCAGAAGCUCUUGAGGGAACAGGUAGAAAACUACUAUCACCUGCCGGGACAGAGCUGCUCCGAACCGACCAGCCCCACUUCCAGCUGCUCCGAUGGGAUGGCCGACUGCGGCAGCCCCGUCUGGUCAGCAAGAGGCAGCAGCUUCGACACAGUCUACUGCUCCGAAAUGGCCCACGGGUAUGCCGCCGAGCAGGGCAGCGCCCUGUCCAGCCUGGACUGCCUCUCCAGCAUCGUGGACCGCCUCUCCCCGGCGGAGGAGCAGGGGCUGCGCCUCCGCGACGCCGACUCCCUCUCGCCCAGCGCCAGCAUCGACUCGGGGCCGGGGACGCCCGAGACGCCGCCUCCCCGACGGACAUACCAGGCACUAUGAGGGGCUCGGGUUGGGCCGGCACCCCGCGCAUGCCACCGACCCCGGGGCCGCUGCUCUCCCCCCCCGGGGCCUUCUCCCCCUCGCUCAAGCGCGUCCCGCAAAUGUUUCUUGGGAGAGAGGGGCAGCCCCAGCGCUGCUCGGCCCGCUGCCUACCCCCGGGGCUGGGGGCAAAGAGCCCCUCCAGGCCCACGGCACGGCUCCCCCCGAGCAGGCAGACCCCGUGGUUCGGGCCACACGUGCUACCCUGGAAACCCCGCUGCAAAUAAAACAUGCUGUAAGAGAG